AACCCUACAAAUAAUGAAUAUUGACAAAACAGUUUCCAGUCUCCAAAGAAUUAUAAAAAAAUGGAUGAUUUUGAAGAAGGAAAAGAUGAAGAAUCAAAGGAAGUAAUGGAAGGAGUAGCAUCAAUAGCAUUAUUGCCGAAUGGGUCCCUUUCAGGGCAUUUUAUUCAGCUUCCUCAAUCUAUCUGUUAUGGUCUUCAUGGCACAGAGUUGGCUUGUGAGAUGGAGUGCAGCAGGGGUGAGGAUUACCGCUUGAUCAAGCUUACAAUCAUAGACUACAAUAAUAAGAAAGAUCAUACUGUGGUGGUAGAGUGUAGAGGGCAUGAUGCAGCUCGGUUCCACAACAUCAGCCAUGCUCAUGGUUGGGAGAAGGAUGUUGUGGAUAUGGUUGAAGAAAAAGAAGGGAAGAAAAAGAUAUUGGUCUCAUUCGAGUGUGAGACAUUGAAAUCUGACAAAGCAGCUGAAGAACAUAUAAAGCAGUUCAUGCCUAAAUUAUCUGGACUUGAUGCUGUUGUUAAUAUUGGAAGGAUGAGCAUAUCAGGGGUGGACUCUGAAGCAGAAACAGCAGAUUCUAAGCAGGAUUUAUCAACUGCUUGAUAUAUAUAGCUAGAAACCACCACCAUAACCCCAAAUAUUAUAAUAAUAUUACAAAUUAAAAACUCAGUAUUAGGCUUAUGGGCAUUGUAUGUAUGUAUUAGUUGAAAGUGAUGGUUUGAUUCGUAAUUUUACAAAUUAAGAGGCUCUGAGCAAUUAGGAAAAUGAAAAAUCGAAUAACGGCUGUCAAAACUCAAAAUUAGCUGCUAUCACGUUAAUUUAGUAACCCAGUAUCAACUGGGCUGGUUUUACAGGUGGGAUGAAA